AUGAAGUGUUGCUUAGGACUGAUGUUGUUUUUGAUAGGAGCGACAUUCGCUUACAAUAAAGAAUAUUCAAGUAAAAAUUUGCUAAAAAUACGGUGUUAUCAAUGUAAUCAACCGUAUCAAUGCGGUCAUGGUGUCUGCUAUGGAGAUUUAUGUGUGAAAACGUCAAUAUCUCAAAACAACGCCUACGUGAGCAAAGGAUGUGAGAAUAUCACACAUGCAAUCAGUCAUUACGAACCUCAAAUGAAACUGAAGAGCUAUUGUCGAACAGAAGUGGUAUUCGGUAUAGAGAGCACGAUUUGCUAUUGUCGUGAUGAUGAUUUUUGUAACCACGCCCACCAACAUCGGACGAGUUUCCUCGGGAUCUGCCUUCUCCUCCCUCUACUCCUCCUCAUAUUUCGAAAUAUUGAAGCCUUGUGA